AUGGAGGAUAUCCAGCAAGUGCUGCAAGCCCUCUUUGCAGAUUUCAAGGUGGAGCUGGGGAGGCAGCUGGAGCGGCUUGGAAAGAGUACUAAACCCAUUGCGGUGCAAUCCCCGGAUCAUAAGCAAGUACCUACAGAUGCACCAUUGAUCGCAGAGCAGCGGGAGUGGGAACCCGAAUGUGACAACCUUUGGAGUGAUCAGAACUUGGAGGCAGAUCCUGACCUACCACCUGGAUGGAGGACCAUCCGCGACACUUCAGGGACCUAUUAUUGGCAUGUACCUACUGGUACCACUCAGUGGCAACAUCCCAUGUACAACUCAGGGUUAGCUCACAGCUUGAGCGCUAUUCAGGAAAAGAAACACCAUCAAGCUUCAGUGAGUGAAAUGAUACCUGCUCGGCCUUUCUCCAGAGGCUCAUUGGUAGCGGAAAGAAGGCCAGCUCUUCAUUGGAAUGAUGAAGACUUAUUCCACAAUAGUAAUGGACCAGACUGCAAGAGCUUUGCAGUUCAUUGCCUUGGAUGGGUGGAAAUACCCGAAGAAGACCUGGCACCCGGCAAGAGCAGUAUUACGGUGAACAACUGCAUCCAACAGCUUGCUCAUACCAAAUGUGAUGGUAUUGAUGUAGCAGUUGAAUCUAACGAGGGUCAAAAUAUGGUGAUGGUUUUAAAGAAAGACACAAUGAGCUUGGUGGACCCAUUAGAUCACAGUCUAAUACAUUCUCAGCCAAUCAUCAAUAUUCGUGUUUGGGGCGUUGGCUGUAAUAAUGGCAGAGACAGGGAUUUUGCAUUUGUGGCCAAUGACAAAGAUACGUGUAUGUUAAAAUGCCACGUGUUCCGUUGUGAUGUUCCUGCUAAAGCUAUCGCCAGCGCUCUUCAUGAAAUGUGCUCUAAGAUAAUGUCAGAAAGAGCAGUAGCUAGUAAUGCCAUCACACGUUCUGUUACCUUGGAAACCAUCUCACCAGAAGAUUUACCUCUGCAAGUUGGGAUUCUGGAAGCUGUUCGUGAGUCUGUUCAGAAAUAUGAAGUGCUUUAUCUUGGCAGCCUACCAGUCUCAAAGCCUAUGGGAAUGGAUGUUUUGAAUGAAACAAUUAAGGCUGUAACAAGCAGUACUCCCAGGGAACACUGGAAACCUGCUGCCAUAGAAGUGACUGAUAUUCUUCUUACUGUUCAUCAGCAAGAGGAUGACGAAGGAGACCCUGUGUGGCAAUGUGAAGUGCGUUAUGUUACAUUCAUGGGGAUUGGAAAAGACCCCCAUACAUUUGCACUAAUUGUAGACGUGGGAAAGCAAUGCUUCCAGUGCACAGUGUUUUGGUGUGAGCCAGAUGCAGGGAACGUCUCAGAGGCAGUCCAGGCAGCUUGCAUGGUCCAGUACCAGAAAUGUCUGGUGACCUCAUCUACCCGUGUAAAAUCAAAGGCAGGAGCGCAUUGCAAAUCUCUCCUGAAAAUGAAGAGGACAGCAUCUGUGGACUCUCCAAUCUCUCCCUUCUCCUCCUCAGGACACACUCUACAGAAAGGCGCAGGAACAACCAAAAGAAGAGGAGUGUUGGCUUUCUUUGAAUCGUUUAAACAGAAACAUGUCACUCAUACCCCUUAAGACUGGAUAUGCAAGAACUAAUCCUUUUAGAAAUGUUUGUUUUGUAGAUAUUUUAGAAGCUUUUUUUUUUUCUCCGUAGUUGAAUACUGAACCAACUAUGUUUAUAAGACUUACUUAAAGGGACAUGGAAUUGAUGUGCUUAUGUUACCACAUCACUACAUCACUUUCCUUUCUGCAAUUAAAGCUUGGAGUGGUUGAA